GGUUGGACUAUACGUAGCGUCAGUGCUGGUUAUAGCUUCGGAGUAGGAAAAUAGCUGCAAACGACGACUUUUAUUGACUCAUUUUAUGAAUCUAGUGUUGUUAGUCAGUCGUGUUUAUAUACAUGCUUGUUAACAGAGAUUAUAAUGAAGACACAGUGGUGAGACUCGCUGUGUUUUGCCUCAUAUAUAGGCAAGGCUAGGUUAUCAAGCUAACUAAGUACCUGUGUUGUUUACAUUUUUUUCUAAGAUGUAUACUUUAUUAUCUGGAUUAUAUAAGUACAUGUUCCAAAAGGACGAAUACUGCGUUCUGAUCCUGGGACUGGACAACGCCGGAAAAACGACUUUUCUGGAACAAACCAAAACAAAGUUCAGUAAGAACUACAAGGGAAUGAAUUUAUCAAAGAUCACAACUACAGUUGGCCUCAACAUUGGUACAAUCGAUGUGGGCAAGGCUCGUCUAAUGUUCUGGGAUCUGGGAGGUCAGGAGGAGCUCCAGUCUCUGUGGGACAAAUACUACGCAGAGUCCCAUGGAGUCAUCUAUGUGAUAGAUUCAACUGAUGAAGACCGCCUGUCAGAGUCGAAGGAGGCCUUCGAGAAAAUGAUCAGCAGUGAGGCAUUAGAAGGCGUUCCACUGCUUGUGUUGGCCAACAAACAGGAUAUUCCGGACUGUUUGUCAGUGCCGGACAUUAAAACAGCCUUCAGUGACUGUGCCCCAAAGAUCGGCAAGAGAGACUGUUUAGUCCAGCCUUGUACUGCCCUCACAGGGGACGGAGUGAAUGAAGGAAUUGAGUGGAUGGUGAAAUGUGUGGUCAGGAACAUUCACAGGCCUCCCAGACAGAAGGACAUCACAUAAGAAGUCAUCAGCAUUCUUCUCUCUCAUUUUGGACUGAGUUUCUCCUUGAGGACACUCCCACGUAAACCCUGGAGCUGAUCAACUCUCCUCUCUCCUUGUGUUUGCUGUGACUUUGAACAGUUUGGAUUUCUGCAUUUAGGAGCUCAUUACAGACAGAGUGUGGCAGUAUUUUUAUCACCAAGCAUAAUGUCAGAUGUGCUUUGGAACAGAAGUCCGUCUGGUCCACUUGUUCCACUUUUUUUUUUCAGUGGUGUUAUGAUUUCUUCUGUUUCAUGUGUGAGCCUCAGUCUCUGGAGCUGGCUGCAGCUCACUGGCUGACUCCCUGCACUAUGUUCACAAGAACACCGUAACUUUUGACUCAUCAGUUUUUUUUGACUCGUGUAAAAUAUGCAUAACUUCAGCAGGGUGGGACUCUGAUCUCACAGCAUCAAACUAGCUUCAGCCACAUUUAGAAAAUCAAACUUAAAUUUGAAUUUUCUUCACUUUUUGCAGACGGAAAUAUAAACAGCAUCUGUGUUUCAACAGUUGAGUGACAGCAGAGAGCCAGCAUUGCUAUUACAUGUCAAUGUCAUGGAACCUAUGAACAUUGUCAUAUUUUUUUAUACAUUAUUUUUUUCCCCCAUUUCACAUUUCCCCCAAGUUCACAUUAUGUAAGUUAGGAACCGUUAGCAAUGGAAGACCUCUGUAUUCCACUCAGUGACUUUAGCUCUGAUUCCCACUAAAACUUACUGUAGUUGUGAUGUUAUUUCAUCACCUGCUGAGUCUCUGUCAGACUCUGAAGGAUGGGAUCUAGCCUGCAUUGGCUUUCUGUUUUCUAGCUGUGGUGAUGGAAUAUCCCCAGACUGUCAGAUCUCACAGCAGCAGUUACUCCUGUAACCUCAGCCCAUGAUUUCAGUCAGGACAUAUUGUAAUGUAGGGACUUUUACAGUCAUAGAGAAUACCUUCAGCUGGUUAAAGGAUGAGAAGACCAAAACCAACAAUGUGUUAGUCUGUAUCUUUGUAAUCAUCUUCCAUUUCCCUACACUAUCUGUGGCUUUCAGCACCAAGCCCACUGGUUCCUACUGAAGGUAUACAUCUUUAACUGUUUCCAAAUACAAGUGUUCAUUAAAAAAUAAAUAAGCGGUUGAAUAGUCUCCUGAAGCAUUUGGUCACUUCAUCAUCUGUUGGGAACGGAAUAUUUCGUAUAACGUCAAGGAAGGCUCACUGUAACUUCCAAAAACUAAAUAAAACCUAUUCAGAUUUCUUCUCUUAGACGAAAGGGAGAAUAACUACUCUGUUAACAGUUUGGUGUAUUUUUUUUGGUGGUUUUUGAGUUGUGUCUUUUUUUCCUCAUGGGGCUCCAUAGAGACUCCGGUGCAGCCAAACAGCACCACAGUCUUAGAAACUCGUGUCCUUUGACCUCAUUUAUCAUUUGAUCACCCAUUGAGAUGCCUUUGGAUUUUUGAAAUUGACUCUGGAGAUCUUCAUGUGUUAACUUGCAGAGACACUACACACAGUGUGCUGAACACACAGAAACCUUGCUGACCUCUGCUGAAUCACUGGAUACCAGCAGUUUAACCUGCGGUGUGUGAAGUGGUUUAAUAAACUGAAGGUGACGUCCUCUGUCAGCCACAUGUAUUGUACAUGAUUAUAAGAAAUUAAUAAAAUAAAAAAAACAACU